UCUGCUUUGCCUGUGGGGUAUUUGGUACGUGCAGGGGUUGCAGUGAGGUGAGUGCACCGGGUCACGAGAGUUGGAUUCCUGGAGUCUGAAACCCCUAUAGACAUUUACAGUUUGUAGAAGAUCUGGCAUCGGAUGUCUUCGAGAAUGCAGUCUUUGACAUUGAUAUGUCUGAAGGGCUUGUGAGCAAUCUCUUCCAAACUUUGCUGCUUUGGAUAAGAUCUUUGCUUGGGUAUAGCACCACACAGAAGCCUUAUAAUGUAUGUAGCAGAGCAUCUGAUGUCGGUUGAAUGAAUCUGAUCAAAACGAAUUGUUUUGGCUACCUUGCUCAUCCUUAUCGCACAUAAUCCUUUCUUCAUGCUUCGAUAGUGAACAUUGGGAUUUCUACAUGGUUUGGUGCAAGAAACUUGUAUGAAGUUUGAUGUAAGAGGACAGUGAACGGCUUGUGCCCAUCUAUUCAUUUGAUGUGUGUGCAAUAUAUCUUGCUACAGACAGUAUAUUUGAAAAAAAUUGACAUCUUGUUGCUAUAGUAUCUACAGAAUGGUAGUUAUGAAUGUCAUUAAAGUCAAAGUCUGCAUACAUCAUAGUAAGUGUUGACUCUCUUCCCAACUUCAUGUGGAUAGUGCAAUUGUCAUUCCCUAUAAUAGACAUACAUGUCGUUUUUGCUGACGGGUUAUUAAAUAUUUAUCAAAGAUUAGUGCUACAGUACAUUGGAGCUGCACUUUUAAAAGCUGUAUGUGAUUUUGAGUCGGGGUAACCAGAUAAUGAAUUGUGCGAUCAACAUUUCAUCCAAGAAAUUGGCCUAUCUAUACUCUUCGCUUUUCAAUUGAUUAUUGACUUUGGACAAACUUGGAAUCCAGAUUGGUUCUCAUCAUGUAGAAGUUGUCAGUCGUGUGAGGAGCAUCCAUAUAAUUAUUGAACGUUCAAAUCAUAAACUUGGAGUAGUGUAAACAUACCAGAGAAGCAAUGCAACCAAUAAAGACAUUAUUACAUGUACCAACAAAGAGGUUCAGACACUGCUGAAUUUCCAAUCAGUGCCUCUAUCACAUCUUUGUUUACCUGUUGGGUAACACUGUUUGAACUCGGUUGGUAAUCCUCCUGUCUUGGGAUCAUGUUUCGUAUGACCUACCAUCACCGGGAUACCCUCAGUGCCGGUAAUGCGCCGCACAAGGUAUACUGCACCAUGGAGGGAGGUCGUAGGGUGGUCACCGGCAUGCCGGCUCUCACCAUUGGCUCAAGUAACUCAACAAGUUACUCCAACCAAGAUGGGGUCCAGGGCAGCUCACCGGUGGUCAGCUCCAGCGGUCAGAGUUCGGACAUCAGCCGUCAGAUGUCCAGCGAAGACCUCAAGCAUUUUGAGAGGAAGCUGGAGAGGGAGCGGGAGAAACGGAUCCACACGGAGGCGCCGCCUUCUUCUAGUUCUAGGCUAGAUGCCAGAGUGGGUAGCGAGAGCGGGCCACAGUUCGAUCUCAACAACAUGAGAAGAAACGGCUUCCGACCCACUUCCAAGAACUCCUUCAUGAGAGACCAGCCCAACGUUCAUCUCACAUCCUUCCGUCAUGGCCACGCCCCUCCAGCACCUGUCGUCAACACCAUCGCCUCCCUGUCAAUCACCAGCGCAGGUACCCCCACAUCGCUUUCCAGCUCCGGGGCUUCAGGGGCGCUACGGGGGCAGAGCAUGGGCUUUGGGAACAGGGAAACCAGUGGAGGAGGGCUCAACACCGGGAGCUCCAUGGGAAGCCAGGGACGGACUAGCAAUGUGAAGACGAGAACAAGAGCUGCUUUCCUGUCGGGGCAGAGUGAAAAAUACAAACAGAACCAGUACCCGUUUCAUGACCCUGCAUCAGGAGCCACCCCAGACUUCAAUCAAAGACUCGCUGAACUGACCUCGCUAGAAAGUGACACGAUACGAUAUGAAAGAACAAAGAAAGCCAAGAAAAAAACAAAGCAAGACUCGGGUUGAGAAUACAUCACGUUGGCUUGAAUAAACUUGAGAGGAAUGAGGAAGCUGAAUAAAAGCUUGGCAAGACUCGGGCUGAACCUAACGGAGGAUGAAGUUUGCUUGAGAAGACUAUGGAGGACGAACAUUUGGGUUUAUUUUUCCUCAGGAUAGCCGGAAACAGUGUGUGUAAUUGACCUUUGACCUCGACUGAAGCAUGGAGAGUGAUCGUCCGGGGAAGAAUUAGUGUUCUUCAGGAUAGAUCGAAACUGGGGAAAGCAAGUUUUUAAGAGGGACAAGGAAAGAGAUGUAUCAAAGCCUUCUGAUUGGAAUGCACUUCUUGUUCAAAUCAAACGAGAAGUGAAUUUUGCAGACUGAGAAGUUGACCAUCGUUUAAUACUGUUAAAUUGGAUCGUUCAAAAUUGUUCAAUGUUCCCAGUUUACGACAAGUCUUUGUUCCUUGUUCCUUGUUCAUUACAAAUGCCAGGGUUAGCCAUGAGCAGUCCAGUGUUGGAUUCUGCUUUUAAACUUUUUGGGGGGUUGGUUUUAUUUACGAUCAUAAAAUACAAAAUACAGAAAUGUUCAACUCUUUGAAUACUAGCCUAUGAUAACUGGGGAUGCAGCUUUUGAAGAUAAGUGUCAUACCAAAA